CAAUCUCCCACUUCGCCCAGUGGUCCCCACGAUGACUGCGCCAACAUACGAGCUGUCCAAAUUUCUUUCGAACAUCCUACAGCAAUCUGUAAACAACACGUACAGCAUAAGGAAUUCGGAGGAAUUUUGCGAAUUUAUCAACAGCAGCACUGUGGGGCCAGGAUACGCAAUGGUAUCCUUUGAUGUGGUGUCACUAUUUACAAACAUCCCACUGGAAUUAGUGAGGAAAGGCAUCCUGAACCAGUGGAACAACAUAAAGGAACACACCAACAUUAACCUGGACCUAUUCCUGGAGAUCGUGGUUUUUGUCAUCGAGGCUAGCUAUUUCGUAUUCCAACAGAAACACUACCAACAAAUCUCUGGCACAGCAAUGGGUAACCCUCUUUCGCCCGUGUUAGCAGAAAUCGUCACCGGCGAACUGAUAGAUGCAGUGUUAUCCAAACUAGGUGUUCACAUUCCAAUCCUGAAAAAGUUUGUUGACGACUUUUUCAUCGUUAUUCCGGCCAACGAAGUUGAUACAGUUUUGGGUGCAUUCAACGACUAUCACCCAAAACUGCAAUUCACGGUCGAAUACGAGGUGGACGGCAGGCUACCAUUCCUCGACAUGGUCGUUGUUCGCAACGAAGACCAAUCUUUCUCCACUGAUUGGUUCAUGAAGCCCAUCGCAUCUGGACGGAUCCUUAAUUACUUCUCGCUGCAUCCAAAACACCUAAAAAUAAAUGUGGCAUACAACUUCGUCAAAAAGGUAAACACCCUUUCGACGAUCAAAACGGAGCAACAGAAAAAGGAGACGGUGAUGAGACUACUGAAGCUAAACGACUACCCCGUCUCGUUGAUCAACAGACUGAUUAACCGACACAACGAGAGAAGAACGAGAACACCAACACAACCAGAAAAUGACGAUCAACAAAUCAAAAUUUAUAAGUCGAUUCCAUACAUAGUAGGGUUAUCACAGCAGAUCACACAAUACUUUAAGAGAUCAAAUGAAUUUGACAAUAUUAACAUAGUACAUUAUAAUAACAACACAGUAGGUUCAUUGUAUAGAGCUAUGAAAGGGAGGACAGAUACAUAUCAGCGUAAUAACGUAAUUUACUGUAUUGGUUGUCAACAAUGUGAUGCCAAAUACGUUGGUAUGACAACCAACAAAUUACAAACACGUAUGUACGGACAUAAAUCUGAUGUAAAUCUCCUGGACAAAGUCACCAAAAUAGAAAACACUUCAGACAGGCUACACAAAUUGAGCGGUCUGAAGGAAAGAACAGCAAUGAUGAACCACUGUGUUAGCACAGGGCACAGAUUUGACCUGCAGAAUGCCAGUAUAUUAGACCAUAGCUUGAAAACAAAUAGACUACCGAUACUAGAGGUAUGCCAUAUAAUGACAACACAAAAUAUAAACAAACGGACAGAUGUAGAGGGGUUACACACAUGUUAUACAGGUAUCAUGCACACACUGAACAGAUUAUCUCACAGAAACAGACAAAAUAGGAACGAUCUUGACACUAAUACAAUAGAAACAGAUGAAGCGCGAAUGAAUCAAAAUGACGAAUAACGUAGACAGAAAAGACGAUUGAAGUUGAAGAGCUUGAUAGUUAAUAAGUGUUAUAUUGAAUUGUGGGCGAAAAACAUAGUACAGUGGAGGCGUACAGAUGGUAGUACUAGAUUACCAAACCGACUUCCCAACGACAAAACUAAGACAACACUACAGGCUGAAUGUUUUUGGACAGCUACGAAUAAUUCUUUGUAAGUUCAUGUUAUAUGUAAAAGUACUAUUAAUUAUUGUUUUUAAAUAUUGUUUCUGUCUGUCAUCACUCAAAUAAAAAUAGAUCCCUGAUGAAGAUCCAAAUUGGGAUCGAAACGUUGGAGCCAAGAAAAUAAAUUCGUAGGCCAAUUAUUAAGACUGCAAGCCAGAACAAAUUAUUCGAAAUAAUCUUCCCAGUCGAAAAUCGCA